AAAGCAAACUGCUCCUCUAAGCGUUUGUAAUUUAAUUGGUUGUGCUUGCACCUGCAUCAACCUCAACGGGUGUCCCUGGGACAGUACGUGAACAACUUAUCCCGAAAUUCGAAUCCAAAACAGAAAGUUUGUCCGCUUUUGUUCAGCCGUUCAGCCAGCCUUUAGUGUUUUUUUUUAAUAUGCCGUGACUGAAAUUGUUUUUAAUUAAGCGGAGGGUAAAUGCAAUUACGAACAAUACAACGGCCAGUCGGUGGAUCACUAAGUGGCGCGAAUUUCAGUCUUGAUGUAGUGCUGAGUUUGGAACCACACACACUUACACACACACACAAAGCAGUCCCCAAAGGUAGCAAGUGAGAGAUACGCAAGGAACAUAGCAGCAGGGGCAGAGGAGGAGACACUAAAACAGGCACAACGACAACCGAACUCAACCGCAGCAGUAGGAGGAGCAGGUGGCGGAGUAGGAGAACAUGUCCUUUAAGGUCUUUCGACGGGGCUCGGCCCGCUGCAUUGGCCUCCUGUCAGCCUUUGUAACAAUUCUGCUUUGUCUGUACUACAUCUCGAUUGGCCAGCCCAAUCCGGCACACAUAACAGAUGCCAGUGCUGUGGGUCUGUCCGUCUCCAUGAGUCGCAGUCAGACGCCAUCUGCGGCUGCCCUCAACAGCUUAAGUAUGGACGACGGCAGCGCCUCCCAUCAGCACCAGCAACAGAUGCAACAUUUACCACGAAAAUCAUCACGUUCCAGUACGCAGCUGGAGCAGCAGGAUCAACUGGACACAGAAACGCUCCGAAAUGUCCACUGGGGCGACAAGUGUUACAUACUCCUCCAGAGCAGAACAAACAUAACAGCUACAGAGGAGCACAGCAAAUUUGAUUUUCAGCCUGAAUGGAUGCGAUCCAAGGAGUAUUGGGAUCGAGGCUUUGAGGAGCGCUACGAAAUACAGCGCAAGGAUAAACAGCGUCCACCGUUGAAGGUCAUUGUGGUGCCUCACUCGCACAACGAUCCCGGUUGGCUAAAGACGUUCUUCAACUACUUCCAGUCGGAUUCUAGACAGAUACUCAAUCUUUUGGUGACCAAAAUGCAGGAGUAUAAAGAUAUGACAUUUAUCUGGUCGGAGAUUAGUUUUCUACAGCUCUGGUGGGAUCAGGCACAUCCCACCAAGCAGCGUGCACUGAAACGUCUAGUGAAUUCCGGACGCAUUGAGAUCACAACUGGCGGUUGGGUUAUGACAGAUGAGGCGAAUGUACACAUUUAUCCGAUGCUGGAUCAGCUCAUCGAGGGCCAUCAGUGGCUAAAAAACAAUUUAAAUGUCACACCCAAGGUGGGCUGGUCUAUCGAUCCCUUUGGACAUGGCAGCACCGUGCCCUAUUUGCUGUCCGGUGCUCAAUUCGAGGGCGCCAUUAUACAACGCAUUCACUACGCCUGGAAGGAGUGGUUUGCGCGCCAACAGAAUGGUGAUUUCAUAUGGACACCCUACUGGCGCUCCCCAAAGGGUCAGGGAAAAUUGCUCACACACAACAUGCCCUUCGAUAUAUACUCCAUAAAGGGUUCUUGUGGACCACAUCCCUCCAUUUGCCUAAAUUUCGAUUUUCGCAAAAUUCCCGGUGAAUAUACGGAGUACUCGCUGAAGGCACAAUUCGUUACCGACGAGAAUGUGGAGGAGAAGGCGCAAUUACUGUUGGAUCAAUAUGCACGGACCGCUUCGCUCUUUCCCCACAAUGUGGCGCUAAUCCCAGUGGGCGAUGAUUUCCGAUACAACAAGGAACGUGAGGUGGAUCAGCAGUAUACAAACUACAAGAAACUCAUCAGUCACAUAAUGGCCAACAAGCGUCUGUACAAUGUGGACAUUAAAUUUGGAACGCCAAGCGAUUACUUUGCAGCGAUAAGGGAACGCAUGGGGGAGAAGUCAUUUCCCACCUUCAAGGGAGAUUUCUUUGUCUACUCGGACAUCUUCUCAGAGGGCAGACCCGCCUACUGGUCGGGAUACUUUAGCACCCGGCCUUUCUAUAAGCUGCUCAGCGCCGAGCUGGAGCAUAAUUUACGCGCUGCCGAGAUACUCUUUACGAUUGCCUAUAAUACGGCGCGUCAGGCUCGGCACGAGGAUGCCAUCAAGAUCUAUGAGAAGAACUAUGAGCAGAUAAUACACGCGAGACGCAAUCUGGGACUAUUUCAGCAUCACGAUGCCAUCACGGGCACCUCCAAGGCGGCUGUGAUGCGUGACUAUGCAAUGCGACUGUUCGACAGCACCCAGAACAUGGUCAAAAUGCAGGAGUCGUGCAUAGAGCUGCUGCUCAAGAAUGGCAGCUCACACGAGCACGGUUUUCUGCUCAGCGAAUUCGAACGGGACAAUUAUAGUAAGCUGCCACGCAAAAUGCCCAUACAGCUAGCGAAUCCAACUUCGGGUAGCAGCGAUGAAACCAGCACCACGCUCACUGCUGACGGGGAAGAGGACUCCACUGUGCUAUUGUCCAAAAAUGCCGAAGCAAGCUUUGUGCUCUUCAAUGCACUCACUCAGAAACGGAUCGAGAUUGUUACGCUACGUGUCCAGCAGCCCAAUUUGCGCAUCUACAACGAUCGUGGUGUGGAACUCAAACACAUCCAGAUCAAUCCCGUGUGGAACAUUACCGAUGUCUAUGAGCAGGGAUUCAAUGCCCUGCCACAGUCGAACAGCGGCAGUGCUGGACGCAUUCGAACCUCCACGCGACAAUAUGAAGUCAUGUUUGUUGCUGAACUGGAGCCACUCUCGCUGACCACCUAUCGCGUCCAGGUGGAUGAGUUCAACUACAAGCGCAAUAUUGCCACCAUCUACUGUGAUGACUGCACGGAAAAGGCCAAUCCGGUUGCGGGCUCUGCCACUCCAGUUGCACCCAAUGAGGUGGUGUUUGAGGCAAAGGCGAAGCCAGCGGGUGACAUUCAAUUGGAGAAUCCCAGCAUGCGGCUGCUGUUUGAUGAGAAGAGCGGCUUCCUCAAGACCAUCACGCGCAAGAACAAGCAACAGAAGCUGCUCCAACCGAUGCAGUGCGCUAUCAAAUUUGCCGCCUAUCGCAGUGCGCAGUUCCAUUCCGGUGCUUACCUCUUCAAAACAGAUCCCGAGCAGAGCGAGGCAGAACGGGAUGUGCUCGAACAGUAUGAGGAUGUGCGAAUUAUAAUUACCUCCGGUCCCAUUGCCAGCGAUGUGACUGUUAUCUACGGACCCUUCAUGGCGCACACUGUGCGUAUUUUCAAUACGCGCAGCCAUUUGGAUGCCGCCAUCUAUAUAGAGAAUGACAUUGACUUUGAGCCACCGCCAAAGAACCGGGAAACGGAGCUCUUUAUGCGACUGGUAACGAACAUUGAUAAUAUUGCGCCUGCGCCGCUACAGCAUGAUCCGCUCAAGGAGCCAACUGAUACGAUUGUGCCCGAAUUGCCCGUUUUCUAUAGCGAUCAGAACGGUUUUCAAUUUCAACAACGCAUCAAGGUGCCCGCCAUUGGCAUUGAGGGCAACUAUUUUCCGAUUACAUCGGCCGCAUUCCUGCAGGAUGCGCGCCUGCGCCUGACACUGCUGACGACGCACGCGCAGGGCGCCGCCAGCUAUGAGCCCGGCCAGCUGGAGGUGAUGUUGGAUCGUCGCACCUUAUACGAUGAUUAUCGCGGCAUGGGCGAAGGCGUUGUCGACAGCCGCCUGACCCGUCACAAGUUCUGGCUGCUGGUGGAGGACAUGCCACCAGGCCAGCAGGUGGAGAAUCCGCCCAGCUAUAAGGUGCUCAGCUUGCAGGCACAACAACUGGCCAACGGGCUGCGCUACCCGCCGAAUCUCUACUUCUUGAGCAACUUUGAGCAGCCACAAGCGCCGUUAAAGCCGCUCGUCCGCCUUCUGCCCCACGGAGCACUGCCCUGCGAUGUGCAUUUGACGACGCUCCGCACUCUCUCCGAACCCCAGCUGCAGCUGUUCCCGUCCGCAUCGGCACUGCUGGUGCUGCAUCGCCAGGGCUACGACUGCAGCGUCAGCUCACAGCAGCUGGACAUGAGCAGUCUCUGUCCGCUGACGGGCAAUGGCCUCGGCGCCGUACGCUUUGGUGAGCUGCGCCUGCAGAGCAUUGAGGCGACCAGUUUGACGGGACUGCCAAAGCAUAUGCAGCCGCAGAGCCUGCGAUCACUGGCACAGAUCACGCUGGAGCCAAUGGAGCUGCGCACCUUUAAUCUCACCUUUAGCGGUGAACUGUAAAUCCCGCCGGGCAGCCAGCUAGUAGUAGUAGCCUUUAAGUUCGCGUUGUAUCUCAUUUGUAACUAAAUCGAUAGCAGACAUGUAUUUAUUGUAUUUAUUUCUGUUUUAAUUUUAAGUACGAAAAAGUGAAUGUUAUUUAGCUUUAUUUACACACAACUCUCUCUUCUCCCUUCUCUCUCUCUCUCUCUUUCUAUUUAUGUUUUCCGCGUCUUACACAUUUUAAAGUACAAAACAAAUAGCAUAGUUUGUAUAUUCAGAUCAUAUACCUAAAGCAUAUAUCUGAUGUAUAUGCGUUAGCCCAUUUUACUGCCUAUCAGCAUUCCGCUAAAGCACCUGUCACACACAACCACAGCAACACUAUUAAUUACUUCGUUCCAAAUAUUGUGCAAUAUUUUAUAUAUCAAAUUCCUAAACUUAAGCAGAUUCAACUUUUUGUUAACUGAAAUAGUUUCAACAUUUUAUGAGGGAUAUUUCUUUUUUUCUCGAAUAUAUUUAGUUUUGCUUAAGAACAACAGGCAGCAACUAAACCGUUUAUAAUUUAUAUAAAUUAUUAUUAUAUAUUUAUUUUUGAUCAUCUGCCUGUUUAAACUUAGCUAAAUUAUACUUAUAGCACAUAAAUAUUUAGCAGCAAAUAUUUAUCCAGCGCUUUGGCGAAAAAAUUGUUUCGUUGUAGCUAAAAAUAUUGAAUUUGUGUUGCCUUCUAUUUAAUUUAUUUAGACUGACUAGCCUAAAAUUUUAGCAAAACAGCAAUUAAUGUAUGCUUAUUUAGCAAAUUGACAUAAACAUUAUGAAUAAUAUCUCAAUUAAUGAAAGACACUUAGAUUAUAAGAUUUUUAACAGACGUGUUGGAUAGCAAAAAAAAAGUUAAGCCAAAUAUUGAAGUACAUUUAUACUUACCCUAAACCCAAUACACUUUAGACACAUUAGCAUGUAAUCUUAAGGCGCCUGUUCGCUUCGGUUUUGUACAUAGUUCUCAAAGGCACGGUAAAAGAUAGCUCUAAUACGAAAUCAAAACUAACCCAUUUAGGCUAAGCCAUUACCUGUAGUGUAUUGUACUUCAUAAACAUAAACGAAUCUUUGUUAUACAAAACUUAUACAAAAAAUACCAUAGUUACUAAAUGUAAAGCCUCACAUGUACCGAAAACAAAAAUGCAUUCAAACCAGACAAAAUCAUACAAAAGUACGUAGACAUUUUAUGAGUUUGAUAUUAAACACUAAGCAUAUUGAUAAAUAUAUUUAUAUUUGAUAAUGUAUUGAAAAAUUAGCAUGACACAUUCUAUGUAAUUUUAUGAAUACAAAAUGAAUAAAGUAUUAAUUCAAACCAACUGCAUAGAUA